UAUAUGCACAGAUGAAUACAUACAGUUUUAAAAUUACAGAAUACUAAAUGUUUGGCGGAACUAAAAUAAUGAAAUUGCAAGACUAAUUGUACAAAUAACAUUGCAGUUGGUAAAGUGACCAGAAAAUUCCAGCCUUUAAAAACAUAUAUAUGUUCCACAGUUACUCAGUAGGUGGCACUUAAAAGCUUAGAUGAGCUUUGCAGUCGCCAUUUAGGUACCAGCAGCAGCUGAAGCUGAAGUCAGUUCAUCUCUGAGAGCAGAGAGUGUGUGUGUGUGUGUGUGUCUGGAGGGAGAUUGCAACCAAGCCAACAAAAGCAUUAACCACGGCCCAGGCACCCAGAGAGAGAGAGAGAGAGAGAGAGACUAGUAGGACCAGAACAGCAAGAGCACAGGCAGCAGAACAAGGAUCAGACAGCAACAACCAACAAGACACAAGAGAGAAGCAGCCGGCUGAGUUACAGCUCCUUCAUUUAAAAACAGACAGCUUUCUUUCGGAGAAAACCCACAACAGAAAGGCUGUAGUACUGGUACUAUGACAGGCAAAAACUGAAGAGCAUUUGACGGAGUUGUGUUCCUUCUCAGGUUUUUUUCCCCCUAGCUGAGCAUCACAUACAGUGAAAAGCAUGCCUGAGCAAAGCAAUGAUUACAGGGUGGUGGUGUUUGGAGCUGGAGGAGUUGGCAAAAGUUCCUUGGUCUUGAGGUUCGUGAAAGGCACUUUCAAAGAGAGCUACAUUCCUACCAUUGAAGACACCUACAGGCAGGUGAUCAGCUGUGAUAAGAGCAUAUGCACUUUGCAGAUUACCGACACUACAGGGAGCCAUCAGUUUCCAGCCAUGCAGCGUCUGUCUAUUUCCAAAGGACAUGCUUUCAUUUUGGUUUUUUCAAUCACCAGCCGACAGUCCUUGGAGGAACUCAAACCCAUCUAUGAACAAAUCUGUCAGAUUAAAGGGGAUGUGGAAAGCAUUCCAAUUAUGCUAGUGGGGAAUAAAAGUGAUGAAAACCAAAACCGAGAGGUGGAGAGCAGUGAUGGAGAAGCCAUGGCCAAGAAGUGGAAGUGUGCCUUUAUGGAGACUUCUGCCAAGUUGAACCACAAUGUGAAAGAGCUGUUCCAAGAGCUGCUAAACCUAGAGAAACGCAGGACUGUGAGUUUACAAAUUGAUGGUAAAAAAAGCAAACAGCAGAAAAGGAAAGAGAAGCUGAAAGGCAAAUGUGUGGUCAUGUGAAAAUUGCACUGUUAUGAAGCAACCAUGUAGUCUCAUUCUUUCUGAUAGAACCCAAUGUGAAACCUAUAGACAAUGAGGAACCAUGUGAAACCCUAUUUAUUAGUAGCUGUUAUGAAAGAAUUACAAUAGAUUUUUUAAAAGAGGAGUUUGUUAUUUGCUAUGAAAAAAAUCUCCCAACAACUCAAAUCGUAGUUAGAAAAUAAAACCAAGAAUGAAAAAAGUAGGAAAGGAUUUCUAAUUUUAAAGCAAAUGGAAGAAAACAAAUUAAUUCCUUAUUAACAAUAUACUGCACUAUGGAAGGAUUGGAUGCCAAUUACUUAUGUUUAUUAUGCUGUUUGCAUAUAACUGUAAUGGAAGGUGAUGUAUCUACAUAAUGCAGAUUUAGAAGAGAAAGAAAUGCCAAUGAAGAAAUCUAGAAUGUAUAAAUGCAUAUUGGAUAACUUAUCAUAGCCUUCAAAAACACUGGAGAUAACACAAAUAUUUUUCUGUACAAGUCUUGGUGCUGACUGUUCAGGGUUGGAGGGUGUGGGGAAGCAGAUAACCCUGGAGCUACCAAUUUAUGAACUAUUGUACAUUUGGGGGAAAUAAAGGGGUUAUGCAACUAAAUGUGAUAUUGAUUCUCUCCUCUUACCAUAUUAUGUCCCUCCUUAAUAUUAUGCUGAUGAGCAGUGUUUGAACUGACGGAUAGGGAGGGGGGGAAAUCUCCUUGGUCAACUGGAGAUCUUCCUCUCUGGGCCCAGCUAAACCAUCAUUUCCAGGGAUGGCCUGUACCUCUGGCCCCAAGAUAUUUCCGAAGAGCAAAUACUUGCCUUUGGAGCAUGACAGUUUAUAUCAUACGGUGUGCAGAUACAGAAACAUUUCCCCCCAGGGAGACAUACUCUGGACUCCCUCUACAAAGGCCUCUGUGGAAAUUAUUCAGUUCAAACAUUGCUGAUAAGAGCACAAUAUGAUUGGUAAAUGAACAGAUUGUCUAUGGAGUUGCAGGCAGGCAUGUGAGAGACAAAGGAGAAUGAUUGUGCUCAUAUUGCCAGAUUUGCCAAAUCAAAUUUCUGUAUAAUUACUGCAUCUGAAUUAGAAUUUUGCCUGCAUCUUAUGAUAAACAUACAGUAAACAAUUAGAUUUAUUGCCUUUAAAUUGGCAAAGGGGGUUAUAUUUAUUAUUUAAAUUUGUGGUCUGAACAACUGAGACUAUUCAGGGAACCAUAUCUGGCAGUUUUUACUUAGAGAAAACUUUUAUUGGCCCCAUCUCUAGCGGGAUUAAUAGAAGACUUGCCUAAGUAAAGACUACAGGAUUUGGCACAUUAACAGUUCAGUCAAAAAGUGAGUUACAAUGCAAUACUAGGUUCACAAUAGAGAAAACAGGUUAAGACCUUUAUUUAUUUAUUUAUUUAUUUAAGAGAAACUGCUUUUUUGCAGUCCAAGAUGGAGAAAAAGUGUAUUUAAUGUGAGUUAUUUUGAAAUCUCUCAAGUUUUUUUUUAAUACACAACAUGAAUGAUUUGCUCUAUAUCCUACAACUAACAGCAAAACAAAGACCAUCAAAGAUGAAAAAAGCACAUUAACUUUUUUAAAAGAUAUGAAAUUGUAUAUUCUACAG